UGUAUUGCAGUUCUGUGAUGAUGUGUUCUACUUUCAGUCUUGCUGUGUCCUGUUCCCUCACCAGGAAACACAUUUGGUUGUGUCGCUAGCUCUGUUGUCAGUAGUCAAAUGUAUGGUCUCUGUCACUAUUUCGGAAAUCGUGGUACAGAAUGGACAUGCGUCGGCGAAGCGACCCUCGACUCUACUUCCGGUACACCGACCCUCCUGACCCGUCGGAUGACCCUCCCAGACUGUGUCUGCUUGAUGUGUGCGUCAACAUCGAUCUGCUUGAAGCUCUCAAGGAACAUCAGGACGUUAAAGAUUAUGGCGUUCUUCUUCGCAUUCACUGGGACGAGACAGGAAACCCUGAUGUAGACAUGUCAACCCUCACACUCUCGCAGGUACCGACUGAUAGUUCCUCAGGUGUUCUCAACACUGAUUACGCCAUAGGAAUUUCCACUAAUCACACUGUCUUGGAGAACUUCAUUACAAAAAUGUUCGCAACGUACAAUAUGAAACUGGUCGCGGUUCAGUACCCUCCAAUGGUGCUGACAUUUAAACACGGCCUUGAUUCCGGCAUCAGUAGGUUAACUUCAGAUAAAACCAGACUGCAUGGCUUUGUGAAAGAACUCAUUACGCAGUGCACAGUCGCCAAGCACCAGAUGCAGUUGAAGAUAAACAUGAAGAGAGGGUCUAAGGUAGUGUUGUCCCAGAGACACGCCUGUGGAUGUUUUGGACAUGAGCAAGGUAGCGACGGAGAUUCGUGUGCUCUUCAGGCUGACAACAGCAGCCAGACGGACGAAAACCAUUAUGCAAGCAUGUCAAGUCUUUCCACUAUGUGCGAUGACACAAUAGAAGUGGAUCACAAAGCUCCAUCAUCGGUAGAGGUGAGGUUUAAGACCGUGGAAAGCGAACUUGCCGAGCAGCGACACUUUAUGGAGUCUCAGUUCUAUGAACAAAAGGGACAAAACGAGGAAAUCAAAGCGGCUCUGUUACAAAUAUCAGAUGUUUUGGCACAGAAAGGUGAACAGGAGGAAUCCCGACGAAAAGAGGAACCCCAACUAGCUAAGGAUAUUCUUGAUGAACCAGAUUUAAUGCAAUUUUCUUUGGAAACGGAGCCAUCAAAAUCCGAAUCUAUAGGACCGCAGGAUGAGAGUGAGCACCAAACAGAAGUAAAGGUGCAGGGUAAGGGAGAGUCGCAAAGUGGAGAGGAACUUGUGGAGGAAGUCAACCGACAUCAAAUGAGAGACGAAUCAGAAGAAGAAGAGUCGAACGUAAAGGUGACAGAAGUGGAAGAAGAGAACAUGGUCAGUGAAGAGGAAGAAGAGAGUACGAAUGACGACGAAGAGGUUGAUGUAGAGAGUGAGUCAGGGGAAGAGUAUUCCGAAUAUCACUACCAAAAGCGCAAAGGACCUAUCAUCAAAGAAAUUGAUGGCAAUGAACUUAGAAGUUUGUCUCCUCCAAGAACGGAACAAGAAAUGCGUUUUAGAACUUCCAAACACAAGCCGACUGUUUACAACGGCACCAACAGUCGUUCGACUUACUAUUUAAUUGGGAAAUACCCACAAGCUUCACAACAUAACAGUCAAUCAUCUGUGAAACAAAAGCAACCAACCACAUACACAGGCAAUGUGUACAACGAUGACCUGUCAGGAGUGGAUCCUUACAAGAAUACAAGAUAUAAAACGCAUACGUGUCCUCUUCAUGGGAAUUAUUUUGCGACGCAGCAGACAGCUGCACCCCUCACUCGACCACAAAGACAAGCUGGAAGGAUGACAGGCAGCCACGCCGGGGACCUGGAUGAUUUUGGAUUAAGUGGACCGGUAAAUGAAGACCUCUGGAGUGAGAGAGACGUGUAUUCUGAUCUACAGACGGAUGAACUGAACUUUGACAUCAGCAGAAGGGAUCGCCGGAAGCAAGAAUCGUAUACCAUAGAUGGACAAGUGAUAAUGACCAAGACCCGACUAUGCGAUGAACCAAACGGAGAGCAGCGGAUGCAGACACUGUUGGAGAGCAUGGUUGGAGAGCAGGACAGCGCGGACAGCAGCAGAAUGUGGGAGAGUGUGGCGGAAGCUCAAUGUGAAGACUCGAGCACUGUACCCAGCGUAGAGGCCGCCCUGGACACCGUCAUCUGUAUCGACACAUCGGACAGCGUGAAGGGAGAAGCAUUCCAGCAAAUAACCACCAUUCUCCACGACUUCAUAAACGGCAUUGAGGAUAUCGCGGAACAAUACGAAAUGGAGGAAAAUAUCGCCCUGGUUACUUUUGGAGGUCGUGCCCGAGUGCUACACCAACUGUCAAAUGACUACGGGAGUUUGAGGGAUGCUAUAGAUACCCUGAAGCCAGGAGGGCCAUCCCCGCUGAAUGAAGGGCUUCUGGUAGCGAUGACGUGCACAGGAAGAGGAGGAAUACUUAACAUCGGAGGCAGCCUGAAACUCCCACCAAGAUUUAUAAUCAUCACGGACGGUCUGGCCACAGGCACACUACCAGAGGCUGCGCAGGAUGGACAUGUGACUAGUGAACAGGAGAAGGCGGUCCUGACCCACACAUUCAGCCAGUUGAGACAGAGACAGCCCGGGGAUUAUGUGCCACACCCAGUUGUGGUGGUCCCAGUGGGUCGGUCCGAUAUGAGUUUCCUGCUGUCAAUGGGAAGGCUAUGUGGAGGUAUGCUGAUUGAGGGCAGCGCCAUCAGGAAGCUCUGCCGACAUCAACGGCUGCAUAAACUUGCUGGGGAUUCCUUGGAACUGAUCAGAGACAAACGCAUGGACUCUGCCAUGUUUGAAGACUUGAGGUCAAGGCAACUGACCAUCCAGCUUUCACCCGAUACUAAACAGGACGAGAUGGAGGACGUUAGAGACCUUACACAGGAACAUCUAUACAAAGUGGCCAUUGUUUACGGUUCCAAAUACUCGUUUGCGAACAUAUACGAAGCUCCAAGUCUCCCCUCUUUGGGUACACGAGUAGUGCGCAGCCAAGACUGGGUGUGGGGCAACCAGGAUACGGAAGGGGCGGGAACGAUCAUUAAUCACGGACUGGACGCCAAGUACGUGUGGGUAUACUGGGACAGCGGCCAUCUUAAUGUGUACAGAUUUGGUCAAAAUGGAUGCUAUGACGUCACUGAGGUACAUGACCAACCGCGAGUCCUGGACGGCGGCGGAAACGUUGACGUCGGCUUGCAAGUAGAGAGAGGUCCUGAUUGGCACAUGACGUAUGGAGACCAGGAUGGCGGUCGUGGCGGUACAGGUGCCAUCAUCAGAGUAAACAUGGAUGGGAAAGUCAUGGUGCGGUGGCAGAACGGAAAUAUAUAUGUAUACAGGUUCGGGGAAACCAACAAAUUUGAUUUAUCUAUCCGAGAUCCUGUCGCUUGUCUUCUUGAGUCAACAGCUAAACCAGAUGGUGAACAGCCAGCAAGACAUGAACAGUUGUCGAGGACUGGACCAGAACAACACAUAGCCCGAGUGGCUGACAGCUAUCUGUGGCAGAGGGAGGACAAGCAGCGAGGGUGGCAGGACUACUCUCCGUCCGACAGUGACAGAAUAACUUCAGCCUACAAGAAACGUUCUGAAGGUUCUUGCCUGCUUCAGAGAAACAAUGAAAGCUACAGAGUUAUGUUCAAGUCUAUGCAAGAAAAGUCAAUUACAAACCAGUCAACCGUUCGGAUCAGGAAACGAGCUAUAGAAUGAUCGAGGGGACCAGUCUGAUGUUUUCGUAGUACGCCAACAAGAGCUUUUCAUUUAAUCAUUUCGUGUGCUCAGACCGUAAUUAGAGUGCAGUGAUAAACUGACCUGUCGCUAAUCAAACCCCAGUACAGGAUGGUAAGCUUUCCUUCCUGCUGCUGUCACAGCGACAGUCAUGAUUCAUUUUAGUUGUGUACAAUGUGUUUGGUCAGUGCUAAAAUAAUCACAUGUCAGUUUUAUUUGUGAACACUAAAAAAUGCCUAUAAACCUUUAAUGUACGUGUACACGUAACAGUGACUGAUUACACGACUCAAAGCAUGCAUCAAUGUAUCACUGAGCACAAACGUUUAAGUUUAGCCUAGAUGAUAUCCUAGAAUAAAACUACACAAAACCUAUAUCUUACACAUUACUACAUAUUUGUGUUUAAUUUUAUGCAAAUAUUCCAUAUAGAUUAUGAGCUGACAUGCUGCAACAUUCUUGUAUUUCACAUAAACGUUCAAAGCUUAGUUGUCAUGUAAUAUAGUCACCAUAGACAUUGUAUAGGGACACAAAAUAAGAAUCUUUGGAGGAAAAGAAGCGGGGUUUACCUGAGAUUGUUGUGUUGUAGACAGGAUAUUUUUUUUUAUCUCUACAGUUCAUGUCAGUUAAUUCUCUGAAGGGUGUAGCCAAACAAUUUCAUUCCUUUUUACGACAUAUUUGAUUCAGGACAUCAAGCACGUCCCAAAACAUUGUUCCGUUUUUUCAAAUAUUUUUUGCAUUUUGUCCUCACAAUAGUAACGACGGAUUUUUUCUGGGAUUGUUUCAAUCGUAUUUUAUUGUCCAAAAAGACAACGGAAUUGGACACAAGUGCACUACUUACUGUCGCCUUCUCCCCAUCUGUUAGAUAACUGGUUAUGAUUUAGAAUCAUGUGCGCUAUUAUUCUUAUGACCACAUGCUUUAUCAUUGCGUUAUGCUUUUGUCGAUUUUUCCUAAUUGCAAAUGAACAAACAUAUAUUAUGUAUUUUUCAAUCUAUGCGUGAAAUAAAGAUGAAACAUUGAA